AUGAACAUUCGAAAUGCAGUUGACGUCAAAUGGUCGGCCACUGUCAAAGGACGUCCCAGUUUACCGUUGUGGUUGCAUUUGAUGCCGUCACGUCACAAGGUGAUCGCAUAUUUGUAUGGAACACCAGUUACUCCACUUAUGCAAAUCGUCAUUCAUGUGAUCGCGCGUCGUCGAGACAACUUCGAGACCGCCCAACAGUUUAUAACCAUUUUUUUCAAUAGUGAUGCACGUUAUAAUUCCUCAACGCAACAAGUGGUAGAAUUGCGUGUGAAGAAUAUGGACCCCGAAGAAUUUAUUCAUGACCGCAGUGGCUUACUUGAGAAGAUGCAAAACUCGCUGAGAGAAUCCUUCCGCGGUCGGGGAAUACAUCCGUAUAUUUUCAAUUUGAUUCCGGCUGUAAACGCCCCACCAGAAAAGACUGCAUACUUCAUUCGCGAUCAUAAAUUUGGAACAAUCAUACAAGCUGGCACUCAAAAACGUUACCAUACGAAUGUGCUGAAUCUGGAGCGUGGCCUUCAAACAAAUCCACAGUAUUGCACACGAAAUCCGCUCGUUCCACUCGAUCGAUAUUUUGCACCAACAUUUCAAAUUGAUUGGUGCAAUUUUCAUGUGAGGAAUGUAACAAUGAUGCAUACGAGCCAAGAACGAGACGUUCCGCGUGCUCGUCUUCUGGCUGCUGUUUUAAACGAAGACGAUGUACAGCAAACGCAGCUGUCGUCGUCCGUUCCAACCACCGAAUCAACGUCGAUCACUGAAGCGGCAGGUGCGAAUUCUAUUCGUACAAGAUAUUACUUCUGGGAGUCUUUCUUGAUGUUCCCGAUGUUGGGUGUUUGUUGUAUAUUACUCUUGAUAUUGCUGAGCGUGAUCUUUUUCGGAAGACGCGAAGGACAACAUUGGAGAGACUACAAAACACCGAAAGAGCAAUUAGAAGAAUAUAUGAGUGUUCGAGAAAGUCAACGUCAUCUGAGGGAAUUAUCUGUGCAAAGACAAAUAUUGCAGAUGGCCUCCGAUCAGUCGUCCUUGACACCAGUUGGUAUUCACACAUUUUUACAACCACGAUCGUCCGAUCAAAAUCUAUCAUCGCAACCGAAUAAGAGCAAUAUCAGUAACUUACCAACGACCGCAUCAAGUGAAUAUGUUCAUCACAGUUCGCGUUCACCAAUUUUGAAAGAGAGGCAAUUGGGCGGAAGUGUGGCUCCUAAGCAAUCCUUAACAAUGCUCGAUAAUGCGCACAACAUACCGAUUGGUAAGCAGACAGUGGCUGAGGCAGCCAAAGCCUGUGGAUCAUCGUUACACCUCUAUCGAAAUCCAUUCGAGGACGAGCCGAGCGAAGAGGACGACGAUGACGACGAAGAGGAGGAUGGCGAGAUUAAUGAGGAGACAUGCUUGAAUAAUACUGAUAAUUAUCGUCAUUACAGUUAA